AUGAAGGAGACAGCGGUUGUGGCUUGUUUGCUGGCUGAGCUGUCUCUGGCUGCUUUUGUUCUGGCCUCUGAGGGGUCCGCUCGCUGCCCCGCAUUGUGCCGGUGUGAGAUACGACCCUGGUUCUCUCCCAGCUCCGUUUACACCGAGGCGGCUACAGUGGACUGUAAUGACUUGGGCCUCUCGGCGCUGCCUGACGGACUCCCCUCAGAAACACAAGUGCUGCUGCUGCAGACCAACAACAUCAUUACUGUGGAGAAAACUUUGGAUUACUUGGAGAACAUCACAGAGAUCGACUUGUCUCAGAACAACAUUUCCUCUGUGGGCGACGUCUGUCUGGGGUCGCUCCCCCGGCUGCUGUCGCUCCACAUGGAGGAGAACUGGAUCCAGGAGCUCUCAGACCGCUGCCUCUCUUUCCUGCCCGGCCUGCAGGAGCUCUACAUCAACCACAACCAGAUCUCCUCCAUCAGCCUUGGAGCUUUCCAGGGCCUGAGCAAGCUCAUCCGGCUUCAUCUCAACUCCAACCGCCUGACGAGCGUGAACAGUGAGUGGUUCCAGCACCUCCCCAACCUGGAGAUCCUAAUGCUGGGGGAGAACCCCAUCCUGGAGCUGACAGACGUAAACUUUAAACCUUUGGAUAAACUUCGGAGCCUCGUGCUCGCCAAGAUGAACCUGACUGAGGUCCCUGAUAACGCUCUGGUCGGCCUCGAGAGCUUGGAGAGCAUCUCGUUUUUCGACAACCUGCUGAACCGAGUCCCGCGAGCGGCACUAACAAGAGUACAGAACCUGAAGUUCCUGGAUCUGAAUAAGAACCCCAUUGAGAGACUCCAGAGAGGGGACUUCAUGGACAUGAUGCAUCUGAAGGAGCUCGGCAUCAACAGCAUGCCCGAGCUCGUCUCCAUCGACAGCUUCGCCUUGAACAACCUGCCAGAGCUGACAAAGAUCGAGGCCACAAACAACCCCCGGCUGUCAUACAUCCACCCACGGGCCUUCCACAAGCUGCCCCACCUCGAGACCCUGAUGCUGAACAGCAACGCUCUGAGCGCGCUCCAUCACAGCACCGUGGACUCCCUGCCUAACCUGCGGGAGGUCAGUCUGCACAGCAACCCCAUCCGCUGCGACUGCGUCAUCCGCUGGGUCAACAUGAACAGGACGGCCGUGCGGUUCAUGGAGCCGGACUCGCUGUUCUGCGUGGAACCUCCAGAGUACCAAGGCCAGCACGUCAGACAGGUGCACUUCAGGGAGAUGACGGAGAUCUGCCUCCCUCUGAUCUCACCUGGAAGUCUCCCAGCUCGGGUGGGGGUCAUCAAAGGGGGCUCUGUGUCGAUGCACUGUCGGGCGUUUGGAGAACCAGAGCCGGAAAUCUACUGGGUGACGCCAUCAGGGGACAGGGUCUUACCGGGGAGCGUGUCUGAUAAGUACUACAUGCAUCCAGAGGGAACGUUUGACAUCUACGACGCCACCGAGCAGGAGGCCGGAUCCUACACCUGCAUCGCUCACAACCUCGUCGGAGCGGAUCUGAAGUCAGUGAUGGUUACGGUUGACGGAUUUGCCUCUCAGGCUUCAAACCAACCUCUACACGUGUACGUCACGUCGGUCCAGUCUCACUCGGUCAUGGUUUCCUGGGAGAGCACGGUUGGUUCGGUGUCCCAGCUGAAGUGGUCCGUCUUAGCCGACAGGAGCCACGUUCUGAUGCCGUUCAAAGCCCGGCUUCCUGCUGGCGUCAAAGACUACCGCAUCAAACACCUGAAGCCUUCCACGAGCUACAAGGUCUGCGUCGAGGUCCCGGCGGCACAGGCGGGAUUCAACAGGGACUGCGUCAACGUCACGACGAAGGACGCACUCAUCCCGAGGGAGAAGAUCCAGAACUGGGACAGUUUGGUGAUGGCGUCUUGUGCCGUGUUUUUUAUCGUGGUCGCCGUGGCGUGCUCCGUCAUCUACACGUCUCUGUACAGCCAAGUGUUUUACAGGAAACUGAUCGCGGACCCGGGUGAGAUGCUCCUGAUCCCAAACACUCAAUCGUCCUCUUCUUCUUUCCUGGAUUUUGGUACGUCUGGGGUCAAAGUGAGGGCGACUGUAAUAGACUUACAGGGAGGCUCCAUGUAGAGGAUGUCCUCUUUGGGAUUAAGUGGCGGACUCUGGACAGCGUCCUCUCUUAUCGGGACGUUUUGCCCUUGGAGGGCGUCCGAGGAGAACUCGUAACCAGCUAAAGCAGAGACUGUUUUGUAUUCCAAACUUGUGUCAUUAUAACGAGCUUCACCGGGCGGGUACCUCGACUAUAAUCUUUGUGGCUACAGGUCAUUCAUGCAGUGCGCCCAGAGUAAAGCACAGCCCUCAAACUGUCCUGUCUUAAACACGAUGUGGAGACGUCGGCUUGAUGUCUGCGAAAAGCUUCUUCUUUGCUGUGUUACAUUAAGCGGUGCCGAGCGGAGACAGUUUAUAAGCAGAUAUAAAAACCUUGUUAGUCUAGUGUAAUAUAAAGCCACUAUAAUGUAAACAGUUUUAUGAACAAAUACAUUUUUCAUUAAACCUGA